AUGGGCCUUCGUACAGAUACGCGGACUAUAGGUAUUCUGAAUGACUCAAUUUAUAUCCACUUGUCAUUCACAAAAAGAAACCCUCACGAGGCUGUGCAACAUGUUGACCAUAUGAAGACAAAAAAUUUGACAGAAAAUAACAGAGUAGCAGCUUUGAAAAUGGAAGUACUUAAUGAUCAGCUGAAGCAAAAUCCAUGGCCUUUGGAGAAGAGCAUAUUUGAGAGUCUACCUCCUAGACUUCGUAAAGCGCUGCAGGAAGCUUGCAAAGAACAGAAUGGAUUCUACGCUCAGUUCUCUAAACUCUUCCCAAUGCGGGUGAUAUCCUAUCUGAUGCUACCAUAUACGCUACCAGUGGAGUCUGCUUACUCUGUUGCUUUACGGUUAGUAAACUGGUUUCCUGACAUGCCUGCUGAUGUUCGAUGGAUGCAAGAACAGCUUUGUCGGAUUGCUGGUACAGUUUAUUCCCAGGCUAAAAGCAAGCUGUUCUGUACAUCCAGGAAAGACAAUUAUGCAUCACUGAGAAAAUGUCAAACUGUCCCAUCUACUAUGGAAUUUCAUUCUUCAUACUGCCACCUUAAAACGCCUCACUCUUCUGCGGACCUUGAAACCUGGCUCUGGGAAUCCUCACGCUUCAUGCACUCAGCUAUGAAAAAUGCUUCUGCUAACAUGCAGGAGCAUUCAGACUUAAACUCCUAUCCUAAUUUUCUCCCAAAUUCUGAUGAGUCUGGGUUGGAAAUAGAUUUUGACUCUUCCUCAGAGACAAGUUUCCACACUGCUCCAGAGUAUUAAUUUGGAAGUAGAUUCCAGAGUUUUCAAAAUUCCAAUUUGGCAGAGAACUUUAAAUCCUAAAGGACUAAAGAUCGCUUUGUUUAUUGCCAAUGGAAAAUUAUUUGUUUACAGCUUCCUGACAAAUCUGCCUUGGAAAUUCUACUGUUUUAAGGAUUAUAAAAACAGUGGCUGCUAUACUAAGUAACAGACUACAAUUCUGUCAAAGCACCAGCUCAGUCAACU